AUAUAGUACGUGAAGAUUGCUGCCAUAUAAAAGAAAAUUUUCAAAGUGGACAAACACAUUAUUUUUGGACGACGACGAUGAUGCUGCCGAAGUUAUUUACAAUUUUUUGUUUGGUUGUUUUAGCGAUCAAUGUUCAUGAAGGUACAGGAAUAAAACUGACCGCAAAGUACUGGAUUGACAAAUUCAACAUGGAUAUUAAUAUCGAGGGAGGUUGGUACACUGAAAUAUAUAGAAGUACGGAAAAAAUAGAUCAUCUUCCAGAAAGAUAUGGAGCAAACGCAACUAGAGUCUUUGGCACACAUAUUUACUACCUACUGGAGAAUAAAGACUUUUCUCUGUUCCAUCGACUAAAAUCGGAUGAGCUGUGGCAUUUUUAUCACGGGGCGAGAUUAACCCUUUUCGUCAUUGAUCAUGUGACUGGCGAACUUACGCGUCAUUAUCUCGGAAAGUCGGCCAAAAACUUUGUAGUUGCAGUCAAACAAGGUGACUGGUACGCCGCACGCUUGACAUAUCCAGGUGAAGGAAAAUACUCUCUUCUUGGAAUCACGGUCUCUCCUGGGUUUGAAAUUGAAGAUUAUUACCAACCAACGACUGAAGAAUUGAUUACGAUGUAUCCCAAACACAAGAAAGUUAUCAAGUCAUUGACGAGAGAGUAGCAGGAGAGCUAAUUAUACAAAAUUAUAAAAUGUAUAUGGUGGCAAGCAAAUAAAAAAAUUUCAUCAUUUCAAUUAGCGAGCGUUUUCUCAAAAAAAUGUUUCAAAUAUACUUUAUGUACCAUCUUUAUUUACAGCUGAAAAUGAUUGUUGGAAUCAUUCGCAAUACUAGCUAAAACCGUCCAACAUGUCCAAUCUUCUACCAGUUGGUAAAAUGGUUUUGGCUUGAACAAUUCUUUUUUCAAUUCAAUUGAAGACUUUGCUUACGUUAGGAAGCUGUCAAACUCUUAUUUGCAGUCGUCGCGACAUUUCAAUUUUAGUUAUAGUAAUAAUUUAUGUUAAAAGAGAAUCUUGAGUUGCUUUGAUUUGACAAACUUUAUCAAUAUCUGCAAUAAAAGAAUUCACUAAUACAUACAAA